AUGGGCUUCCUCUUCCAUGCCAUCGAAUUACCGAAAUUCCUGACUAGGACAUUCUUGGUUAGCCUUUGGAGCCAUCUCAAAUACAUGGUCAUUCCUGCCCUCACUCGCCUGGGUCUCUACAAACCUCCUCCUGAAGACGACGACGCCGAUUCCAAUAGCUAUAACCCCAACAGUUACAUUCUCCUAUUAGACGGCACUUGCCCUUCCCUCGUCACAGUUCCAAUCGAGGUCGCCACCGCCGCCGUCAAGCUCAAAGUUCCCGUACUUCUCUACCGCGAUUACCUCCUCCUCCGCCGCCGUGGAAACGAAUUGGUGAAGGGAUGCUCGAUCUGCCUCGAAUCCAUGGAGCUGGAGGAUGAUGUCAGAGAGCUCAUCACCUGCACCCAUGUCUUCCACAGAGGAUGUCUUGAUACUUGGGUGAACGAUGGACACGUCACCUGUCCCUUGUGCAGAUCUAUGUUGCUUCCCCCUAAGUUGACUUCUUUCCGAUGUUGUCUAAAUCCUGAUUCUCCGCCGCCGCCGGCGGACUUGGCUGAUCCCCCAUUCAUUUCUAGUUCUAGUUAG